AUGGGAAAACGAUCCACCAAGAAGCUCCGGAAGUGCGAUCCAGUGCCACCGGGUACGGUUCUUACCGACUCACAAAAGGUCCAGUGGAAGGUAGGACCAUUGAUCGAUUCCGGUGGCUUCGGUGACAUAUACUGUGCCUGCGGAACAACCGAACCGGUCCCAGCCCAAGCCGAAAACUAUCCGUUCGUGGUCAAAAUCGAACCGCACGAAAAUGGUCCACUGUUUGUGGAGAAAAACUUUUACCUCAAGCACUGCCAACCAGCGGCCCUCGAGCGGUACCGGAAGCAACGGAAACUGAAGCAUCUUGGAGUGCCUCGGUACAUCAGCAGUGGAUCGCAGGAGCUGCAAGGGGUUAAGCACCGCUAUUUGGUUAUGCCACGGUUCGGCGAUAGCCUGCAGACACUUCUCGUGCGCCAUACCGAGUGUCUGCCCCGGCACAUCGCCUACCGGGUGGCACUCCAGAUGCUGGACGCCCUGGAGUUCGUGCAUACUACCUGUGGGUACGUGCAUGGUGAUCUGAAGGCGGCCAACAUUCUUCUCGCGAUGGGAGAGGCAGAUCAGGGCCGGAUGUAUUUGAUUGAUUACGGGAUGGCCGCUCGUGUCGUUCUUGACAGCCAGCCCGUGCCGGAUCUUCGCAAGAAACACAACGGUACGCUCGAGUUCUGUCCGCGGGAUGCCCACCAGGGUGUUCCAACGUGUCGGGGGGACUUGGAGAGUCUGGCAUACAACCUUAUCCAUUGGACCGGUGGUAUGCUACCGUGGAAGUUGGUGCAAGAUUGCACCAAGGUGCAGCAGAUGAAGGAGGUAUCCAUGCAGGAUGUGGCCGGUUUCGGAAAUCUCGGGGCCCACGACCCUUCGCUGCGGUGCCAAUGGUCCCUGCAGUCGGCUGUCGUCGCUCGAAGCUCGGAAAAGUUUCUCGACGUGCCGUAA